AGUGUGACAGGGGUCACUCGCUCUGUCGGCAUUAAUUCCUUGUGUAAUAGGCAAUGCAGAUCGACUACGUACAAGUAUGUACCAAUCAAGCUGCAUGGAUGAUUGUGUAGGCCAACAGUUGGAGCAUUUAAGUUGGAGAUCGUAAUACCAAACGGAAGAAGUUAUCAUUGAAGCCCAGCAUGGCAAGUUCCAGUGCUAGUUCCGAGGCUCGCUACUCCCACUACGCAGACAGAGCCGCCCGAGUCAAUUCCUUUGUCGGCUGGCCCAGUAACAGUGGACAAAGACCUGAAGAGUUAGCACACGCUGGACUGUUCUACGCUGGUGUGGAUGACUGCACCCGCUGUUUUAGCUGUGGUGGGGGGUUAAGGAAUUGGUUGCCAGGUGACGAUCCUAUUGUGCAACACGCCAGGUUUUUUCCAGAAUGCCAAUACAUCAUAGGCUUAAAAGGAGAGGCUUUUGUGGCCAAUGUUAACAGGGCCUACGAACGAGAAAACUUCAUGGCUGAUGCACAAGUAGAUGUGUCUGAUUCAAGUGAGCCAGCACAAGUUCUCGGCUAUGAACAGAUGGUGCAGAGGGUUAUGCGGAAGCUUUGUGUGAUGGAUUUCGGAUUUCCUCGUUCUCUGAUUCAUGACGCUGUCUUAAAACUCCUUAGUGAAAAUGGAUGGGAUGAGUCCCUGUUGACGUUGAAGCUUUUAGUCAGUGUCUGCCUUGAGCUUAAAGAUGCCGAGGAAAAUGGCGCGACUUCAGACGAAGGAGAUUUCGAAGAGAAAUCGGUUCGAGGUACGGAACCUCAUCUUCCCAUUGGUGACGAGAUGGCGGAGAGAAUCUCCCAAGAAAAUCGUGACAUGAAAGAAAGCUUAAAAUGUAAGAUUUGCCUCAACAAAGAAGUGACCAUGGUUUUCCUCCCAUGUGGUCAUCUUGUGACGUGCAUGGAUUGUUAUUUGAUGGUCACCCAUUGCCCAUUUUGCCGGACCAAGAUCAUGACUUACGUGAGAGCCAUAUUUAAUUGAUUAAUGUUUAGCACACUUAGCUAUGAAUGUUUUCAUUCAUGCAAGGGUGAUCAUUUCCUCCAAUGUGGUCAUCUUGUGACGUUCGUGAAUUGUUAUUUGAUGGUCACCCAUUGCCCAUUUUCAUACUAGAAAUACUACAAAUUAACUAUGUCUCAGUUUGGAAUUUUUUUUUUUUACAUAAUAUACAAUGUUUGUGAUCUGAUGGUAAGAAUAUAUUGUCCCUUACAUUCGCUAAAAUAUAC